GCCCCUCACGGCGCUCUUAGUCAAUCGUCAUCGGGGCGCCGCCGCGGCGCCGCUGCCAUGGCGACAGGCUCCGCCCCUCACUGGCCUCCGUUUAGUACGUCAUCAGGAUGCGCCGCGGCGGUUCCGUUACCAUGACGACAGGCCCCACCUCUCGGGGACUCGCAGUGUUGCGCCAUCAGGCGGCGCCGCGGGCGCGGCCAUGGCGGACCCGGCCCGGGACCCGCUCGGAGCCGCCGCGGCCGCGGAGCCGCCUCCGGGCCCGGCCCCUCCCGCGGGACACGGCGCGGGGGACGCGGCGGCCGCGGAGGGGGAGGGCGAGGGCGAGGCGGGAGAGGCUGGCGGAGGCGGCGAGCCCAAGGCGGAGGGGGCGGACGGGGAGGUGAGGAGCGCGGAGGGGGAGGCGGCGGACGGAGACGAGCCCGGGCUGCAGCCGAGCGCGGCCAGGAAGGUGAAACUGGAGCUGAAGGAGCGGAAGGAGAAGAAGCAGAAGGUGGAUGAGGACGAGAUCCAGAAGAUGCAGAUUCUGGUCUCGUCCUUCUCCGAGGAGCAGCUGAACCGGUACGAGAUGUACCGUCGCUCUGCCUUCCCCAAGGCCGCCAUCAAACGGCUCAUCCAGUCCAUCACAGGCACCUCAGUGUCCCAGAACGUCGUCAUCGCCAUGUCCGGCAUCUCCAAGGUCUUCGUGGGGGAGGUGGUGGAGGAGGCCCUGGACGUGUGUGAGAAGUGGGGGGAGCUGCCCCCCCCCUGCAGCCCAAGCACAUGAGAGAGGCCGUGCGGAGGCUCAAGGCACGAGGGCAGAUCCCCAACUCCAAGUACAAGAAGAUCAUCUUCCACUGACUGGCCCUGGAGCAGAGAGGGGCUGAAACAGCAACCUCUGGGACCCUCCCCAGCUGAGCCACAACCUGAGGCCCCUUGGGGAGGGGUGUGAGACCUCGGGGACCACAGGGACUGUCCUCAGUCACUGCCCAGAACCCUGCACUGGGCAGAGCCAGGAGCUGCUCCUGACCUGGAGCCAUGGGCUCCUCUGCCUCAGCACAGCAGGGAGAGGAACAUCCACGGCCUUCAGAGUAUUCACCCCCCAGGGCUGUGCUUCCUGCUGGCCCAGAUGUGGCUUUUUUUUGUACAUUAAAGUUGCUCUGUGUUGGUGGCC